UGUAUCGGAUCGAGUGUAGGCGGUAAUGGUACUAAAGUUCAAACUUGUCGUACUAUUGAGAAGUAUGUCAAUAGUACCAUAAUUACUUAGUAGAGAAUUAAAUUAAAACAUGUGUGUGUAAACGUCUUUGUUGCAGUGAAUAAGUUAGUGAUGAACGGUGUAUCAAUAGACAUAGAACAAUACCCCUACACAGCUCAAAUUAUAGUGCAUGUUGGUGAUGAUGUGGGACUAUGCGGCGGCGCCGUCGUCAGCAAACGUGUUGUUGUCACUGCCAGUCACUGCAUCUACGCAAAUGAUCAAAUAAUACCAGCUGCAGACAUUGAUGUUUUGCUCGGAUCAAGUUAUUCAAUGGCCGGCACUCCAUAUGAUGCAUGUAAAGCAUUGAAACAUCCAAAUUACGCAGAAAACGAACACUAUUAUUUCUGGGAUGUGGGCCUCAUAUUGUUAACAAGAAAGAUUAAGCUUAGCAAAGCAAUCAGUAUUGCAACAAUCGCUGACUAUAGUGCAUGGCGGAACGUGAAAUACUCGAUGAGCAUUGCUGGCUUCGGCAAGACCGGUAACACAGAAGACAGGCCUGACAGACUAUCAGUGACCCGAAUGCAAUACGUUGAUAAAAAAAUUUGUAACGCCUCUCAAAAUAUUGACACAGAGGCGAGGCCUGUACCUGAUCAUAUGUUUUGCAUGGUUGGCACCACGACAACCAGCGACUGCCCAGGUGACUCCGGCACUGCCAUUACUUGGAAGACGUUUAUUGUAGGGUUGGUGGCACUCGGUCGGGACUCUCGAGAUGACUCAUGUGGUUCCGAAGCUUUGCCUUCCAUGUACACUGAUCUGACGCAUUUUCGAAAAUGGAUAAUGCACAACAUCCAAGAAUUAGAAUCUAUAACCACAAAGAACUGUGAAGCAGAAAGUGAGUUACAUAAAUUGAUGCGAGAGGAAAAACUUAAAAAGAAGAAGAAAGAAAUAGCAAGUGGUGGCGACAUUCCAAAGUAUGACUGUUAG